AACGGGGUCCAUGACUACUGUUGAUUCAGUACAUUUGUACUCUACUGUAGGCCUUCAUGUUUUAUAAAGCAUCUUGUAGAGGUACCGUUCAGGUCUGUGAUUAAUCUGUAGCCACUGGGGGGCGCUUUCUGUCUAGCUGACAGUACAGGACGUGUAUAUGAAGUCGGACAUACUGUAUGAUUAGGAUUGCCAAUGCUUUAGCGACGUAACAUGUAGCAUACAACCACGACCUGGUAAUUUGCUACGUCAUUUUCCAAUAGAAGGAUAAUGUUGCACAUGACUUUGUUUUGGCUGUCAAUGAACGGUAGAGAGCCCGAAGGAACAUAAGCAGUCCGCUUUAUUCUCAAAGGGGAAACAGCAGGCAGACAUCCAAAUAAAUGGAAUGGCAUUCAGACUAGAAAAGCCGGACAAAUAGUCUAUGUCAAAGGAACUUGAUGUAGAGAGGUCUUGGGAUAGACAUUCGUCUUUCUGGUGCCUGUCGUGGUCAGGCAGACAGUAAAGGGACACUCAAUGCGUUGACGGCAGUGCCGCUAUUGGAGCAAAAGACGUGGAUGGAUGCAGAAUUAUUUGCAAAUUUGCUGGGUUAGCUUGCUAAAUUAUUUUAUUUAGGUGUCAUUGGUUAUAGUUAAGACAUUUCUUAGCCAAUAAACUGUGUAUUUGGACAAAUUCCAGGAAAUCCAACAGCGCAUUGGAAGAAUGCAGUGAGGAGUUUCCAUCACAUUGCUGGUCUGAACCGUAAUGUGUUCCAUCCCGGCUGUUUGAUGCUGCUGCUUGGGUAGAGCGGCUCGUUGAGACAACCCUCUGGCCCCCCCUGUGCCACCCCACCACCUAGCUACCAUGCUGAUCAAGGAGUAUCGGAUCCCCAUGCCUAUGAGCGUGGAAGAGUACCGCAUCGCCCAGCUCUACAUGAUCCAGAAGAAGAGCCGAGAGGAGAGUUGUGGUGAGGGUAGUGGGGUAGAGAUCCUAGAGAACAAGCCGUAUGAGGAUGGUCCAGGCGGGUCGGGUCAGUACACACACAAGGUGUAUCACAUCGGGAAACACAUCCCCUCAUGGUUCUGCUCCAUCCUGCCUCAGGCUGCUCUACGCGUGGAGGAGGAGUCCUGGAACGCCUACCCAUACACACGCACACGGUAUACCUGUCCAUUCGUAGAGAAGUUCUCCAUAGACAUUGAGACGUAUUAUAAACCUGACACAGGGACCCAAGAGUGCUUCAAUCUGUCAUCAGCAGACAAAAGAGCGAGGACUGUAGACCCCAUUGAUAUUGUGAAGGAUUACAUUGCGCCCCAUGAGUACCUGAUUGAGGAGGACCCUAAGCUGUAUGUAUCGGUGAAAACCCAGCGAGGCCCACUGACUGACGACUGGAUCGAAAUGAUCAACCAGAACCCCACCCAGAACCCGGUCAUGUGUGCCUACAAGCUCUGCAAGGUGGAGUUCAGAUACUGGGGCAUGCAGUCCAAGAUAGAACGCUUCAUACACGAUGUUGGCCUGCGUAAGGUGAUGGUGCGUGCCCACCGGCAGGCGUGGUGCUGGCAGGAUGAAUGGUACGGUCUGACCAUAGAGGACAUCAGACAGCUGGAGCUGGAGACCCAGCUAGCCCUGGCCACGAAGAUGGCCCAGUAUAGCCUCAGUGACAUCGAGGAGUGCGCAGCAGAGUCCAACAGGACCCCCGUCACACCUGACCGGGACUUGGAGGGGGCCCUGCGGGACGGGGGAGAGGUGGAGGGAGGAGGGGCAGGGCUGGGAGAUACGUUACAUACGCGUGGAGAGCUCACCAAGCAGUGGUCAACUUCAUCCAGGUCGUCUAAUAGAUCCUCGAAGAGAGGAAGUCCUGUGAACCAGAACAUCUCAGAGUGGCGGAUGCAGAGUAUCGCUCGUGACUCAGAGGACAGCACUGACGACGAGUUCUUCGAUGCUCCCGAGGACUUCUCUGGAGAUGAGGAGAUGUUAUUACAUGCCAAGGAGAUGAACAAGUGGAGUUCCAACGACCUGAUGGACAAGAUAGAGACUACAGAGACAGACGAAGGCCAGGAGAGCCUGUAUCAGGAGUCGGGUGAAGACUAUACAGUAACCAGUAGUGAGGAACGAUUGAUUGAGGAUGGGUCGUCUCAGCAGUGUCUGACGCCCUCCAAGAUCCACGUUCUGGUUCUGGUUCUUCACGGGGGUAACAUAUUAGACACUGGAGCAGGUGAGCCAAGUAGUAAGCAGGCUGACGUCAACACUCUGAGUGGAGCAUUUGAGACUGUGAUGAGAGUGCAUUACCCAGCAGCCCUAGGACGCAUUGCCAUCCGCAUGGUUCCCUGCCCGGCGGUGUGUGCCGACGCCUUUUCACAGGUUUCCAAUCUCAGUCCCUAUAGUUUUGAUGAGGGCUGCCUUUCCAACAGUCAGGACCACAUCCCUCUGGCUGCACUGCCUCUAUUGGCCACUUCCGCUCCGCAGUACCAAGACGCCGUGGCAACCGUCAUCCAAAGAGCCAAUCAGGUGUAUGGAGACUUUAUCAGGUCCUUGGAAGGGGCAUCCUUCUCCGGACAGGUGUGUGUGAUCGGGGACUGUGUAGGUGGUAUCCUAGGGUUUGAUGCGCUGUGCAGCAGUAACGUCAUCGUUUCAGAAAGCCAGAACAGCAGUAGACGAGGCAGCACCAUCAGCGUACAGGACACAGACCUCCUCUCCCCUGGCAUCAUAAUAAACAGUGUCUCUCUGUCUUCUCCGUCUUCUCCGACUCUGGAGGGCAGUCGCCAUCUUAGUCGCAGUAACAUUGACAUCCCUCGCAGCUCAGGGCCUGACGACCCCAAGAGAAUGCUGCCUCGCAAACGCAGCGACUCCUCCACCUACGAACUAGACACCAUCAAACACCACCAGGCAUUCCUGUCCAGUCUCCAUAGCAGUGUAUUGAGAACAGACUCAGGUUCGAGGCGCUCCAGCGGGAGUACCAUGCUAGAGGGAGGGAGGCUGGACUUCGAGGUGGCAGACUUCUUCCUCUUUGGUUCACCUCUGGGGCUGGUGCUGGCACUGAGGAAGACUGUGGUGCCGUCCAUAGAUGUCUCAUCAUUGCGUCCGGCCUGUCAGCAGCUAUAUAACCUGUUUCAUCCAGCGGACCCCUCUGCCUCCCGCCUGGAGCCCCUUCUAGAGAAGAGGUUUCACCAGCUGCCCCCCUUCUGUGUCCCCCGAUACCAACGCUUCCCUCUGGGGGACGGACACUCUGCUCUGCUGGUGGAGACUAUGCAGAGUAACCCCCAUCUCCUGUUGGAGUCAGUACCCCUGCGUUGCCAGGAGGGGGGCGCCAGUGAGACCUCCAUCCCCGUCCCUGUACGCAGCUGGCCCCAGCAGGCCUCACAGCUCAACGACACGGACAUGUUUGUGGACACCCAGUACCCGUCCUCCCCGCUGACUGGACCCCCCCACUCCAGGGGCCCCCGUAGGUCCAGUGAGGCCAGCAUCGCUAGCCAGGUGUCAGGCAUGGCCGACUCAUACACCGCCUCCAACAUCGCCAACAUUGCGUCUCGGUGGUGGGGCAGCAAGCGGAUGGACUUUGCCCUGUACUGUCCUGAUGCCCUCACAGCCUUCCCCACUGUAGCUCUGCCUCACCUCUUCCAUGCUUCAUACUGGGAGUCCACUGACGUUGUCUCCUUCCUACUCAGACAGGUGAUGAGGCAUGAGAACUCUAGUAUUCUGGAGCUGGAUGGUAAAGAGGUGACCGAGUUCAAGCCUUCUAAACCCAGAGAGAAAUGGCUGCGCAAGAGGACACACGUCAAGAUCAGGAACGUUACGGCCAACCACCGUGUGAAUGAUGCUGUGUUCACUGAGGAUGGAACACAGCUGGUGAUGGGACGCUUCAUGUACGGACCUCUGGACAUGGUCACUCUCACUGGGGAGAAGAUUGACAUCCACAUCAUGACCCAGCCCCCCUCAGGAGAGUGGAUGUACUUUGACACCGAGCUGACCAAUAGCAGCGGACGCAUCUCCUAUGUCAUCCCAGAGAGCAAGAGGCUGGGCAUUGGAGUUUAUCCUGUCAAACUGGUCGUCAGGGGUGACCAUACAUUUGCGGACAGCUACCUGACGGUGUUGCCGCGGGGAACAGAGUUUGUAGUGUUCAGUAUUGAUGGCUCGUUUGCUGCCAGUGUGUCCAUCAUGGGAAGUGACCCCAAGGUCAGAGCUGGAGCUGUAGAUGUGGUCAGACACUGGCAGGACCUGGGCUAUCUGAUAGUGUAUGUGACAGGUCGUCCAGACAUGCAGAAGCAGCGUGUGGUGGCCUGGCUGUCUCAACAUAACUUCCCUCAUGGCGUCGUGUCCUUCUGUGACGGCCUGGUCCACGACCCCCUCAGACACAAGGCCAACUUCCUCAAGGCCCUCAUCUGUGAGGCCCAUAUGAAGAUCUUUGCUGCUUACGGCUCUACUAAGGACAUUUCAGUGUACUCCUCAAUAGGCCUGCCCCCGUCACACAUCUACAUAGUGGGGCGGCCCACCAAGAAGAUGUCCAGCCAGUGUCAGUUCAUCCCAGAUGGCUAUGCGUCUCAUCUCUCCCAGCUGGAGUACAGUCAGAGGUCUCGUCCUGCCAAGACCGCCAGUGCCCGUAUCGUCCUCCGUAAGGGCAGCUUUGGACUGGGCGCGGCCGGUGGGGACUACCUCCGCAAGCGCAACCACAUCCUGCGCUCAAUCAACCCAACUGGGGGGGUGGUUUCUAGCUCCUCUGGCCAACCAGGACGUACGGAACGCACGCUGAGCCAAUGCGAGGUGGAGAGGGAGCAAGCAGCGGGGACCCAGAGGAGUAUGAGUAUAGCAGCUGGGUGUUGGGGCCGCACCGGGAGCACCAAGGAGGAGUCAGGAGGGUUACUCAGCCCUAAGUAGGGCUCACCAGACUGGGCUACAGGGGGAGGGGACCCUGCCUGACUGGACAUGAGCACCAUCUCUGGACUGGCCCUGAGAGAGAGAUGGAGAGAGGAGGAAAUAUGGUGAGAGAGAGAGAGAGAGAGAUAAAGACAAUUAUGGGAUGAAAGAGGGGAGGGAUAGGGUUAACAGAGGGAUGGAAAGAGAGGGAAAGGGGCAGAGAGGGUCUCUGGGGAAAUGGAUAUAAAGCCAGAAAGAUGGGUGUUGCUCUAACUUUGAUGUACAUUUUCUAAAGACGUUUCUACCUUAUCAUGAGAGUCUCACAGUCAAGACUUUUAUAUUACCUAUCUUGGCCACGAAAAGAACUGUAAGGAAAAACGAAACAUUUAAACAAACUAUCGUAAGCCUUAAUCGUUGCCCCCUUGGGGCCUGGAAGGCCCACCCUGGUCCGAGGAAUGGUUGAAUUUACUCUCUGCAUCUAAAGGACAAUGGGAAUUCACAACCACCCCAGCUCAGGACAGGCCCAGACAGUGGAGCCAUCAAAAGAAGUGUCAAUGGUGACCUGGAGGUCAGGGUGGUCAGUUUGUAGCCAUGGCAACAAGCCAACAACUUCACUUCUGAUUUUAUCCCUUUAUCUUCGCUGAGAUACUGUCAACAAAGAAGCACCAUUACCCUAAAGAAAGAUUGAGGGAAGAGGAGAAGAAAGAGGGAGAAGGAUACAUGGAAAGAGGGUAGAUACAGAGAGAGAGAUGCAAGGCAAAAGGGAGGGAGGGGCAAGGUUAUGGAUGAGGUGUAGAAUUUCCCUCUAGUCUCUAUUUUCCUCUACUGUUUCCAGUGUGGUACUACACAGUGAUUUGUACUGUCAACGUUGGCUCCGCUCCAGUCCUUUUAAGUCAAUAACAGAGUAGCUACAGUACCAGUACCAUGUAUCUCAAUUUGGCCUGUGGGCUGUCCCAGGCCUUAAACACCAACAACAUGUUUAUGAGUCAGACUCUGAAGGAACCCAGGACUGAGCUUAACAAGGCUUGGCUUUGAUAUAACAGAAGACAUUAGUGACACAUUUCCUCAGACAGAUAACAGCAACAAUCCCUUUACCAGACCAUCUGCUUGCAAUACCUUUCAGCCACCAGUGGUGGGCACUCUCCCACUCUGUUUUCCAUAAGCAUGAUGCUGUUGGUAGUCAUUCAGUCCAUCAUGCGGUGCCCCCUAGCGCUCAACGUUUUCAUUACACACAAUUCAGUGACCACUGGACUUCCCUAUGAUACUCUGAGGACUCUGAGCUCUUUCAUUCUUGAGGGAUGGGAUGAAUGCUAUUCAUUAGACAUUACUACAUUUCAGUCUGGAUAAAGACAUGCUUUGAUUACACUUUAUUUUACAGUUCCCCUAUCCUGUUUUAGUUUACCUGGUAGUAAUACCUCAUGAUAGACGCCUGCUGAUACCAGGUUGUUUCCAACUGUGAUUAAUUAUCUGAAGUACCAGAGAAUAUACAAUGUUAUUCCUUAGCAAAUACCAGCUGUCAUAGGACUGUAGAAUAAAGUGUUACUGAUGCUUUGACUAAAUCUAUGGCAACCUGUACACAAAAUGAAAGAUGAACACCUAACAGAGAAGCAGUAGUAGGGUUCCACCCUUUUCUAUCAUACUGUCCUGUUGUCUGGCUCCUACUGGUUAGAUAUUGAUAUGAGAGAGUGUUCCUUUAUCCUCCACUUCAAAUAUAUUCCCAUUACUAAUCACACAAAGCCAACGCAGGGUCAAAACACCAAUCUCUCUCUUAACGGCUGCAGUUUCUCAACCUGUUCAACCUCGUUGUUCUUAGCACUAGUUUAUGGCGGAGAAUCUAGUUACCAUCUCAUGUAGCUACAUAUUGUUACCUUUGUAGUGCAUGAUAUAAUAACUAUUCAUUAUUGCAGGGUCUGUGUGCUACAGUACUUACACUAGUGUACAUUUUUUAAAUGUCAGGAUUACUUAAUCAUGUAAGUAAAUGUGCCAAGAACAAGACAGUUGUUGGUUAGGUGUGGAAAGAUAAUGUACCAGGCUGUAUCCAACCUUUCCUUUGUGCUGUGUAUGGUGAGAUGAGUUGGAGCUUGUUGCAUUGAGAUCAUGGCGGUGUGGCUUUAACUAAAAGGCUGUGCUGUUAUAUACUGUCUUUUACAGAUGUAAAUCAGAUUAGAUCUAUGAAUUUGUAGAUAUGUUUUAAUCCAACAUAUUGUCCAUAUCUAAGUAAAGGACAUAAUUGCUGAUAUAGGAUGUGGUUAUGGUUUCACUUAUGACUUGAGCGCAUGUAAGCUCUAGCAUGUUGCUUUGAUUCUAGGGACACUAUUGUCAACUACAGUAAGGUGGCAGGUAGCCAAGCUGUUAGAGUAUUGGACCAGUAACUAAAAGUUUGCUGGUUUUAAUAACCCAGGCUGACAAAGUGAAAAAAAUCCCUUAAAAAACAACUAAUUUGACCAAUGUGGUGGGAUGUAGGGAUACCUAGUCAGUUGUCCAACUGAACAUAGCUUCCGCAUUAACCCAACUCCUCUGAAUCAGAGAGGUGCGAAAGGCUGCCAUAAUUGACAUCCAUGUCUUCAGCACCCGGGGAACAGUGGGUUAACUACCUUGCUCAGGGGCACAAAGACAGAUUUUUACCUUGUCCGCUCAGGGAUUCAAUCCAGCAUCCUUUUGUUUACUGGCCCAACACUCUAAUCACUAAACUACCUGCCUCCCUAUGUAUGUGACAAUAAAACACCCUUGUAUUGUCAACCUAAAUGGAAGGUUUGAUUUAUUGCUAUCUGUUAUACAACGGGUGGGUCUAAUACUGAAUGCUGAUUGGCUUAGGUGAGGAUUGUUCAUGUGAUUAAAGCAAUAGUUUUUGUCAGACAUUGAUCAGACCAAAAAAAUAAUAAUCUAGUCUAAUGUCAAGUCCAUUUGUUGUGUACGGUAGUUCUAGUUACCUAAGGCCACUUUUGAGGUCUUUAAAAAAAAAAAUGGUUGGAAUUUGGUUCUGCAGUGAACUACGAUUUUAACCAAGGAUGUAGACUAGAGCUGUAGCUGAUUGGCUGGAAGGCACUGUGAGGUUUUAGAUACAGCCAUACUGUCCCUCUCUGGCCUGUGGGUUGGUGAUGAUGAGCUAGUGGAAUGUCCUCCUGCUACAGAGCUGGAGAGCCCAGACUGUACAGGAGCCAUGGAUGUCUGUCUGUCAGUGUAGAUAAGGUCAAAAUGAUAUUGUAUAUGUAGGAAUAUAAUGGUUGAGAGGUAUUUAUAUCCAUAACUCAUGUGGUUACUAAAUAUGAUGGAUCUUUCAGGUGAAUAGCGUUUUGUUUAUGAUGAUGAUCUAGAUGUGAAUAGGAGGACCAACAGUCAGUGGAAGGUGUUUGUUUUCUUAGCCAGUGCAAUAUUAUUAUUGUUCCAGUCGCAGAACCACAAGCAGACACAGACAGUCAGAGACCACAGCAGAGACAAUCUAUAUAUUGUAUCUAACAUGCACGAGCAUAGACAACAUAGACAACAUCUAGUUCUACUGUCCCUUUACAAAGGUUAACUGUUACGAUUUUAUAGUGCAAACAAAACUAUUUUUCAAACCGGACCAUUUUACAAAGUCUUUGACAGAAUACUGUAUUGCUUCCUAUCGUGUGUGAAGGUAGAUUUUUUAGUCAGAAUGAAGAAGUGGUUGAAUGUGAACAUGUGAACGUGAAACUCCAUCCGCUAUUUGAAUUGUAUUAGGUGGUGUUCAUCAUUCAGACUGGGUUAGCCCUUCAAUACUGUAUACAGUAUGUAUAUAUCAGUUAUGUUAACCACUUAACCGUACAGUAUGUCUUGAAAUAGAAAUGUAUGUCAGAAAAAAUGACUGUUUAUAUUUGAGAAUAUUACAAUUAUUGCCACUUUAGUAGCAGUCUUGCAUGUACUCCUAUUAGAGGUCAGUGUACACCAUGUCCAGGACAUGUUCUACUGUAUGGGGCUGAAAUAUUAUUAAUAAGAUGCUUAUGUAGCUACCACGUAAAUACAUCGAUUUCUGAAUACUUAAUAUGCUGUAAAGUGGGACCAAUAUAUUUAGCUACAAUACAGUACAUACAUAACAUGUAUGUCAUUUACUCAAGUAUUAAUAAUAUAAAAUGUACACAAGCUUAACAUGAUUAUAUCCAUUAACAGAUUGGGAAUGUUUUGUACAGUAUUAGUACAAUACACUAAUGGCAUAUACUAUCACUCUAAAUAUAUAGAUAUAUAGGGGUAACAUAUACUGGUUGAGGUGGCAAUAAUUUAAUUAUAUUUUGAUUAUAUGCAGUUUAUUGGACAUAAAGGUAGAAUAGUAAUCAUAUAAUGCAUAUUUGAAUUUGAAGGCAUGUACAUAAAUGAAAUAGUGUUCUGUACCUCUUACAAUCUCAUCCAUUUCCCUUUGUAGCAGGUCUGAAUUUCAAAUGGUUUCAGAUAGUUUUUAUAUUUGACAGUUUAUCAUGGUUUUCUUUUACAGAAAAACAAAACAUCAUCAUCAGCAUUAUUAGGCAAGGCCGUAAGAAGUAUACUUAUGUACUUGAAGUGGCACAUAUUUGAAACGUCUCCAACAUCAGAUCUGUAUGCAGAUCCCUCACUGUUCGCUCUCUCUCUCCUCUGGUUCAUAGCUCACUUUGAACCUUCGAGGGUGAGAGCUCGCUGUAUCAUUGUCUCUGUACUGUGGAAUAAAUACAAUUGGAAAAGGA